AUGGCAAAUUCUGAUUGGCGAAGCUCAUUAGUACAAUACUUAAACAAUCCAGUCGGAGGAACUGAUCGAAAGGUCAAGUAUAGAGCUUUAAAUUAUGUGAUAUUGGGAAAUGAGUUAUAUAAGAAAACGGCUGAAGGUAUAUUGUUAAAAUCUUUAAGUGAAGCCGAAGCAUACCUGGCAGUAUCAGAGGUUCAUAGUGGUGCUUGCGGAGCCCAUCAGUCAGGCUAUAAAAUGAAGUGGUUAUUGUUUAGACAAGCUAGUGAGUUGCAUACUAUAAUUAAACCCUGGCCCUUUCGAGGAUGGGCUUUGGAUUUAAUAGGAGAAAUUAGACCUGCUUUGUCUAAACAACAGAAGUUCAUCUUAGUAGGAAUAGAUUAUUUUACUAAGUGGAUAGAAGUAAUCCCAUUAGUUAAUGUUGAUCAAGAAACAGUGAUUAGCUUCAUACAGAAACAUAUUAUUUACAUAUAUGGGAUUCCAGAAACUAUUACUACUGAUCAAGGAUCAGUAUUUAUUGGUCGAAAAAUGCAAGAUUUUGCAGCUGAGACAGGAUUCAAGUUGCUAACAUCAACUCCUUAUUAUGAUCAAGCUAACGGUCAAGUUGAAGCAGCUAACAAGGUUAUUAUAAACUUGAUAAAAAAGCAUGUAGGGAAGAAGCCAAAAAACUGGCAUCAGACACUCGACCAAAUCCUUUGGGCCUGUCGAACUUCACCAAAGGAAGCCAUAAAUACUACUCCAUUUCGUCUAACCUUUGGGCAUGAUGUUGUAUUGCCUGCAGAAAUUCACCUACAGUCGGCUAGAAUUCAAAGACAAAACAAUCUUUCUACAGAUGAAUAUUGGAGUAUGAUGUUAGACGAAUUAGUAGAGUUAGAUGAAGAACGGCUAAUAGCGUUCGAUAGAUUGAUUAAACAAAAGCAAAAGGUGGCGAAAGCUUAUAAUAAAAAAGUAAAAGUAAAAACCUUCAUGGUAAAUGAUUAUGUAUGGAAGGUUAUUUUACCCAUGGAUCAAAGAAAUAAAUCAUUGGGUAAAUGGUCCCCGAGUUGGGAAGGACCAUUUAAAAUUUUGCAAGUAUUUUCAAACAAAGCAUAUGAGAUCGAAUAG